GUAGGUUCUGAGGCGGCAGCACCUGCUCGCGGUGGGUGACCGUGGCUGGGUUGGUGUCGGGUCCGUGCAGAGCCUAAGGCCCCCUCGGAGACUCGAAGCAUGGUGGCCAAUGCCAGUGUCACAGUCUUUGGCUCUGCGGCCUUGGCUGUGGAGUUCGUGGAUUCGAUGUUGCCCGAGAAUCCUCUGCAAGCCUCCUUUAAAAGUGCAUGGGAUUACAUGCUGGAUAAUUACACCAAGUUCCAGAUUGCCACAUGGGGGUCUCUGAUAGUUCAUGAAUUCCUUUAUUUCCUGUUCUCUUUGCCUGGAUUUUUAUUUCAGUUUUUACCUUUCAUGAGAAAGUACAAAAUUCAAAAGGAUAAACCAGAAACCUUCCAAGGCCAAUGGAAAUGCUUUAAAGUAAUAAUCUUUAACCACUUUUGUAUCCAGCUGCCUCUGAUUUGUGGAACCUAUUAUUUUACAGAAUACUUCAACAUUCCUUAUAGUUGGCAAGAAAUGCCAAGAUGGUAUACAAUCUUGGCAAGGUGCUUUGUCUGCGCCGUCAUUGAAGACACCUGGCAUUAUUUCCUGCACAGGCUCCUACACCACAGAAGUAUAUACAAAUACAUUCAUAAAGUUCAUCAUGAAUUUCAGGCUCCGUUCGGCAUGGAGGCCGAGUACGCACACCCCCUGGAAACGCUGAUUCUCGGAACUGGCUUCUUCCUUGGAAUCGUGCUGCUGUGCAAUCAUGUGAUUCUCCUGUGGGUGUGGGUGACCAUGCGUUUGAUAGAAACCAUUGAUGUGCACAGUGGCUACGAUAUUCCUCUCAAUCCCCUCCACCUCAUCCCCUUCUAUACUGGCGCCCGCCACCAUGAUUUCCACCACAUGAACUUCGUUGGAAACUACGCAUCCACGUUUACCUGGUGGGAUUGGCUCUUUGGAACCGACGCUCAGUUUAACGCCUAUAAUGAAAAGAUGAAGUCUAGGAAGAAGAUGGACUAACUCUUUUCUCAAGCCUUCCCAAAGACACACAUUCCCUGAAUUGAAGCUAGUAGCUAACCUUGCUUCUGGAGAGCAGAAAUAAGCAUGUGGCUUGGCUGCUAAGGGACAGGGAACAUUAACAACCUUCUUCCUGGGGCUUUUCCUACUUCUACGAGUUCUGUAUGUGUAGGAGUGCCUUUGAGCACAGUUUUCAUGAGGGAGUUUUAAAGGCCAUGCUACUAACCUUA